CUACCAUUUUGUUGAUCAAACUCCGAAGUCACAUGUUCGCACUAAGCGAAUUCUCUUUGUGUUUAACUUCAGGUUAAGUCUAUAAAAGUAAAUUUUAAAUCUUAAGUAUUUUUUAAUUUUUAUUGGUAGUUAAUAUAACUGACCGUCGUUAUAAUUUGCUUGCUGUUUACUCACAGUAAUUCGUAAGACUUUCACAAUGAACGCAGAAAAAUUGAAAAAACUUGGCGACCAAGUAAGAAUAGGCGGCAAAGGUACCCCGAGGAGAAAGAAGAAGGUUGUUCACACGACCGCGGCUACCGACGACAAAAAACUACAGAGCACUUUGAAAAAAUUGGCUGUCAACACGAUACCCGGUAUUGAAGAAGUAAAUAUGAUCAAAGACGAUGGCACUGUGAUACACUUCAACAAUCCAAAAGCACAAGCUUCUCUUGCCGCAAACACAUUUGCUAUUACAGGGCAUGGAGAUACAAAGUCAAUGUCUGAAUUAUUGCCUGGCAUUUUAAAUCAGCUGGGUCACGAAGAAAUUGGACAGUUGAAGCGUUAUGCUAGUGGGUUUGCUAGUAACAACCUUAUUGGAAAAUCAUUAAUUGAAGAUGAUGAUGAAGUACCAGAUUUGGUCGGUAAUUUUGAUGAUGCUAGCAAAGAAGAAGCCGUUGUUAAAGGACCAUCGGAGGAGAAACCUGCUGUUGCGGAGAAAGCUGUGACAGAAAGUCCAGAGAGCUCAAAAAAAGAAUAAUUUUUGAUUGGUGACGAAAACAAAAAAAAUGAAAAUGACUUACAAAAAAAUAUUUUAUUUUUUCUGUAGUAACCAUAAACAUAAUACUUUGAUUACAAAAUAAAAACAAUAGUUGUUUAAUUCAGAAAUGAAUUUAAAACUGUAAAUUAAAAAAAACAUAUACUUCAUUAACCUGUAUAUCAAAUAUAUUUUGUUUAUGUUGUACUUUAUGCUAAGUAUAAAUAAAAUAUAUUAUUACUUUAA